GUCAAGCGCGCUCUGUGAUGACGCCACGACGCUAACGCCUGAGGAUGGCGGCGGCGGCUGCGGCCGUGGCCUCGGCCCGGAGAGGGUCAGCACAGCCGCCUAGACACCGAAGAGCCCGCCGCCCCCGUGAGGUGUAGACGGGGCGCUGCCUGCAGAGCAGGUCCUGCCAGCCUCGCUGGAGAGGAUGACCCCGUGUCCGUGAUGGGCUGUGGGACAAGCAAGGUCCUUCCCGAGCCGCCCAAGGAUGUGCAGCUGGAUCUGGUUAAGAAGGUGGAACCCUUCAGCGGCACUAAGAGCGAUGUGUACAAGCACUUCAUCACGGAGGUGGACAGUGUCGGCCCCCUCAAAGCCGGGCUCCCGGCAGCCAAUCAGUGUGCCAACUCCGGCCCUGGUGCCCCCACUACUGGCCACACACAGCCUCCCUCGGAACCACCGCGCAGGGCCAGGGUGGCUAAGUACAGGGCCAAGUUCGACCCACGUGUGACGGCCAAGUACGACAUCAAAGCCCUGAUUGGCCGCGGCAGCUUCAGCCGAGUGGUACGUGUGGAGCACCGGACAACCCGGCAGCCCUAUGCCAUCAAGAUGAUCGAGACCAAGUACCGGGAGGGGCGGGAGGUGUGUGAGUCGGAGCUGCGCGUGCUGCGCCGCGUGCGCCAUGCCAACAUCAUCCAGCUGGUCGAGGUGUUUGAGACUCAGGAGCGUGUGUACAUGGUGAUGGAGCUGGCCACCGGCGGAGAGCUCUUUGACCGUAUCAUUGCCAAGGGUUCUUUCACGGAGCGGGACGCCACGCAGGUGCUGCAGAUGGUACUGGAUGGCGUCCGGUAUCUGCACGCACUGGGCAUCACGCACCGAGACCUGAAGCCUGAGAACCUGCUCUACUACCACCCGGGCACUGACUCCAAGAUCAUCAUCACUGACUUUGGCCUGGCCAGUGCGCGCAAGAAGGGCGACGACUGCCUGAUGAAGACCACCUGCGGCACGCCCGAGUACAUCGCCCCAGAGGUCCUGGUCCGGAAGCCUUACACCAACUCCGUGGACAUGUGGGCCCUGGGCGUCAUCGCCUACAUCCUGCUCAGUGGCACCAUGCCCUUCGAGGAUGACAAUCGCACCCGGCUGUACCGGCAGAUCCUCAGGGGAAGCGCAAGUGAAGAUGGAGAAAGUGAGGCCAAAAGGCAAAAAGCCACUAAAGGGUCCAUUGAGGAGUGGGGCUGCCACUGUGGGCCACUGGAACUCAGUCGCACUGGGGACGCUCCCUGGCCCAGCGUGUCCAACCUGGCCAAGGACUUCAUUGACCGCCUGCUGACAGUGGACCCCAGUGGCCGUAUGACUGCACUGCAGGCCCUGAGGCACCCGUGGGUGGUGAGCAUGGCAGCGUCUUCGUCCAUGAAGAAUCUGCACCGCUCCAUUUCCCAGAACCUCCUCAAACGUGCCUCCUCGCGCUGCCAGAGCACCAAGUCUGCCCAGUCUACACGUUCCAGCCGCUCCACACGCUCCAAUAAGUCACGCCGCGUGCGGGAGCGGGAGCUGCGGGAGCUCAACCUGCGCUACCAGCAGCAGUACAAUGGCUGAGCUGCCUGGCAGUGGUGGAGACAUGGUGUGGUCCCAGCCUGGUCACACACUGCUGUGCCAUCGGGCCCAAUGCCCUCUCUGGAGAUAGGCCUGUAUGGCCAGUGGUAGGUGAAUGGCCCCAACCCCUUCUGUGUGCCUUCAGCGGCCCCUGUCCUCACCCUGGGCCUGGGCCUGGUGUGACAGAGUGGAGGGAGCCCAGGGGGCUGGAAGCCUGGCCCGGCACUGAUGCUCUUUGUGGUGGGCAUCUGUUCUGGGAUAAGUUGGGGAAAGGGCAGGACCUGGCCUUCAGUCUCCCUUACCUCUCAUCCUUGAUUCUUUCCCAGACGGAAGGGGCCUGCGGUGCCAGGUAGAGGGUGUCCUGUGCUUCCAGGACUCUCUGGGACAGUUACUCCUGGAACCACCCCCUUUUCUCCACCAAACCUUCCUCUCUGGCCCCCUCACACUCCAUGGCAUUCUGAUCAUGAUUACGCUCCAGUGAGAGGCCCACGUAGGCACAAGGCUUGUGCCUCGCUCGGCUCAGCCCCUGGUGAAGUCUAAACAGCCCCCACCUUCCAGUCAAGAUCUGUCUUAACUUCAUGGAGAGCACGAGGACCACUCCUGGCCCCAGGACUUGACAGGACCUUCUGGACUGUGUGGCCACGUUGGUAGCAGUCUUGCUCCAGGCUCCAACCUCUCCUCACUACCAGCCCACCACUCUCAGUGCCUCCUUUGCAGAGCCUACCAUCACUUCCCUCUCUCCCUUGGAUGCCCACUCUAUUCCCCAGGUGCCUCCUUCCCAACUGUGGGGGAUUAAAGGGAGCCCCACUGCUGCUACCUGGGGGUUAGGGGCACCUGGGUCAAGGCAGAGGGCAGGGGCUUCACUGGGAGAGCCCCAUCAGGAUUCUGGUGUCAGUCUUGGUUCUACCCUUGGUACACCCCAUUGCCCUUCCCUUUAGGCUCUGCUGUUCCCUCCUCUGCAGCUGUAUGAAGGCGCCAUCUAGUGUCUGGCAUGAGUAUAGGCAGCCCAGUAAUGACUAUCGUGCCCACCUUUCAUCCUCCAAGAGGAAGUGGGAAGGAGCUGCUGCAUUGAGGGAGGGUCCCUGGGCUGCUCAACUCUCCCUUUCUGCUGAGCUUCUGUGCAGCUCCCCCUGGAACUUAGCCAUACUGUGUGAUCUGCCUCUGAACCCUGAGUGCCUGGGGCACUGGCCUUCUCACAGCUGGCCUUGCCCUGUCCAGCCUGUCCCCGCUUCCUUUCACAGCAUUGCCCUUCCAGUCUGAGUCCCCCUGAAUCUCAGGCUAGAGGGAGCCCCUGCAGGAGGUGAGUGGAAUUAGGUGGCUGCUUUCCCAGACACCUGAGCCAGACCAUCCCCAUGUCAGUUAUGGUGCCUCCCCCAUCACAAACUGGGUUGAAACCUAAACCCCCUCCCUCCAGAGCUGCUUUCAGUGGAAGGAGCCAGGGCCCAGCUUUAGCCUUAGGUAGAUUGCAGGGCCCCUCCAGUGGGGAGGGUUUGGCCCUCACUUCCUCCCAGUGGGUAGCCUUGGGCCAGACCCUCUUUCCCACCUCUAGUGGGAAACCAAGCCAGAGAGACCACUCUGGGCCAAGUGAGUUGUGUCUUAUAUACCCCUCUUUCUGUCUCCAGGGCCCCUGGCACAAGGCAGUGGAGAGCCCAAGCCUCAUGGCUUCAGAACUCCCCCAAUUUUCCGAAGUGCUCUGGGGGCCUGAAGCCGUGCGGGGUUAUUUCCUCUCUUGCCCAGGAUAGGCCUGGUCCUGAAGGUAGGACAGAGGGAAUUUAGAGACUCGGGCCUUUAUGCCAUGGACUGUGGAUGGAGAAUGUGCAGUUAUUUAUUUUGUGUACUCAGUUUGUACUUGUAUCCUCUGUACUCAAUAAACAGGCUGCCCUCCCCAGGGAAGGCUGCCCAUUCAUUCUGACA